AUGUUCAGUAUAAAUGUUUGUGGAUUAAGAAAGGAAUUUUAUGAGCUGAAACAAACCUGCAUUGAACGUCGACUUGAACCACUAUUUGAACGUGAUAAUAGCGGUGGUCGUCGUUUCGUUGCACCACGCCCAGCCAAUAAAUUGUUCAACAACGACGGUGAACGAGCGCAAAUAAAAGCGUGGAAUGAUGAGACAGUGAAAACGCCCAAUUUGUUCAAAGUGUUCUUUGUUGGGCGUGACACACAUUGUGUAGUUGAAUAG